AUGGAUCUCCUACCCGGAUUGCGUGAUGAACAGCCUGGCGCGCCGAAGCGUGGGGGUCCUCCGAGUGCUCUUAGCACAAACUUCUACCGACUGAAUGAGAAAUGCAGCAAGGCAAUGUGGUGGACUGUGUGCAAGUAUUGCUACGCGGCGCACGUUAAGGACAAAGCGACGAUCCCCUUUCCCACCCAUAUCCACGGCCGCAAGGAAGCAUGGGAGAAGCACUUGUCUGGAUGUGGGUACUAUGUUGGCGCUACCGGCAACGUUUUCCAGAGUGUCGAGAGUGAAGGUGAACCUGGCGAGCAUGGAAGGACUACGAAAUCGCAAUGCACCUCGCCGCCUAAAUUUACGCUAGCUGAAAAACUAAUAUUUUGGCGGCUGCUGUUGGAGUUUCAAGCUGAAGCCUUGCUUCCUGAUUCUUUUGUGGCAUUGCUGUCAUUUAGGCGGUUACUCGUGUUUUUGAACGCUCGGUGUGGAGUUCCAGGCGCCGUGCCACAUCGCCAUCUGAUUGGUGGUCGCAUCCUAGAUGAAUAUGCAGAUCUACAUUCCGUCGAGCAGCGUGACAACGUGAGAUCAGUCCAGAAUCGAAGUGGAGGGAGGGUGAAUUUUCUGUCGGACGUCUGGGAGACUAUCGCUAAGAUGCAUGUACUGGGUUGCUUAGUCUCGCUAUUUGGGCGAGUAAUGACUUAUGGUUUAAGGCCUGCUGGUGACCGUCACGACGGAAUUGCAAUUGCGCAGCAAAUGGAAGGGGUACUCGAGGAGUUACUUGCGUCGGAAUGGAGAGUUGGUGCAGUUGUGACGGACAAUGCUGGUCAAUGUGGCCGUGCACGGCGCAUUUUGGCUCUUCGGUAUCCAAACAUUGCGUUCGUGCAUUGUUUUGCUCACGAUAUCAAUAACCUAGUCAAAGCCGUCCUUAAAACGGUAUUUAGACAGGUUUCGGCGGAUGCGGCAGGUGCUGCAAGCUUUUUGAACACUUCGACUUCUAAAUGGCUAGUGCGAGCUGCUAAGGCGAUGGACAAGCGGUAUGGAGAUCAUUUUGCCGUUUUUACGCUGUGUGAAACUAGGUGGAACUCAAUGCAGGCAUGUUUUGCGUCCCUCCUACGUGCUCGAGGAGCUUUGGAGGAUAUGGUCUUCUCGUAUCGGAACAGCAGCGAGUUAACGGACAAACUUCGUGUUCUUGGUGACGUUUGGAUUUUAGGCAAAGCUGCAGAGCGCGGAGAAGAUCGUUCGUCCGUUAUGCGCUGCCUCGUGUCGUCUUCAAAGGGAUGA